AUGGCCCCAGCAAGUGGGGUGAGCUUUGUGAUGAGCAGCGGAGGAAAUGGCUCACCCCAGGAUUGCCAGUGUGAUGGUGCGAGGCACAGGCCUGAGGAGCAGCAAGGAUUGCAGCAGCUGGACUGGGAACAGCAGGGCUUACAGCAGCUGGACUGGGAACAGCAGGGCUUGCAGCAGCUGGACUGGGAACAGCCACAAGAGCCACAGCCUCCCUUGGAGCCCCCACAGGAGCCACAGCUGGAGCAGGAACAGGCUGGCACACAGCAGCACAUGGGCUUGCAGCAGCAGAUGGGCACACAGCAGCUGGAGCCACAGCCCCCCUUAGAGCCCCCACAGAUGCCACAGCCCCCCUUGGAUCCUCCACAGGAGCCACAGCCCCCCUUGGAUCCUCCACAGGAGCCACAGCCCCCCUUGGAGCCUCCACAGGAGCCACAGCCCCCCUUGGAGCCCCCACAGGAGCCACAGCCCCCCUUGGAGCCUCCACAGGAGCCACAGCCUCCCUUGGAGCCUCCACAGGAGCCACAGCCCCCCUUAGAGCCGCCACAGGAGCCACAGCCCCCCUUGGAGCCUCCACAGGAGCCACAGCCCCCCUUAGAGCUCCCACAGGAGCCACAGCCCCCCUUGGAGCCCCCACAGGAUCCACAGCUGGAGCAGGAACAGGCUGGCACACAGCAGCACACGGGCUUGCAGCAGCAGACGGGCACACAGCAGCUGGAGCCACAGCUCCCACAGCCAGAGCUACAGCCCCCACAGCCGGAGCCACAGCCCCCACAGCCGGAGCCACAGCCUUCAGAACAGCCACAGCAGCCCAUGGUUCUGAUGGGUUGAGGGUGGAGCAGGUAGAGGAGCAGAUGAGAGGGAGGUGCAGGUGUGGAGCCCCCUGAGCCCGGGGCCUUUAUAUUCCCACCCAGGAUCAGGUGUGAAGCUGGGCACAUGGUCACUU